UCCCAUUUGUAUGCCUGUCUUGUCCUUCCUUUCCUCACAAUCAAGAACCUCUCUCUCUCUCUCUCUCUCUCUCGGCAUGGCCGUUAACUGUUCAGUAAUGGGGGUAUUGGGUUUCUGUUUCAUUCUUUUCUGGAUGCUUGAGAUUGUUUCUGCACAAUUAGCCACAGACCCUAGUGAAGUGGAGGCUCUCAACAAGAUGAUAGAUCACUGGAAUUUGAGAACAAAAUUGAAUUUUACCAUUGACCCUUGUACUCCGAAUGCAACUUGGGCUCCAGACAAUGCGAAUCCCCGAAUUGCCUGCGACUGUUCUGGCUCUGUUUGCCAUAUCUCCCACUUGAAGAUAUAUGCUUUAGACAUUUCUGGAGAACUUCCCCCAGAACUAUUUCAGCUAAAAAAACUGAUGGACUUGAAUCUGGCUCAGAAUAUACUAAGUGGGAGCAUCCCACUUGAAAUAGGACAGUUAUCAAAUAUGGAGUACUUGAGUCUUGGCAUUAAUAAUCUCACUGGUCUUGUGCCUCCAGAGCUUGGCAAUCUCACAAAAUUGCAGUCCUUAAGUUUUAGCUCAAACAAUUUCCAUGGACCAUUACCCAUCGAACUUGGAAAUUUAAAGUCCUUACAACAGCUGUACAUAGAUAGCAGCGGAGUCAGUGGGCCGAUUCCACAAGAACUGUCAAACUUGAUAUCACUCCAGAUUCUGUGGGCUUCUGAUAAUCUUUUUACAGGAAAGCUUCCUGAAUUCUUUGGAACUCUUACAGAACUCAAGGACUUGAGACUUCAAGGAACAAUGCUUGAAGGCCCAAUUCCACGCAGUUACAGUGCUCUAACGAAAAUGGAGGACCUGAGAAUUGGUGAUCUUAAUACGGAAGAUUCUACUCCUGACUUCUUGGAGAACUUGACAAGUUUGUCCAUAUUGUAA